AUGGCGAAAUCAAAGCUACUUCACCCGCAAUCCUUCCACACACUUGUUCCCAGCAACAACAAUGAUGAUGAGGAGCUUCCUCGAAAGAAGAAACUGAAGAAGAAUAGACUUGAUGAAAAAGUUAGCAACGAGGAAGAAGAAGACAUGGAGUCAUUGAUGGAGGUAGAAAAGAAGAAGAAGCAGAGCCCGAAACCAAAACGAAGAGCUGUUUCAUAUGCGUCCUAUUCUCCGUGUCAUAAGCGGCUUGUAACGUUCACACUUCCAUCUGAUUAUGUCAAAAUUAGUAGCUUGACUCUUCCAAAGCCAUUCUUGAGGGAGAAUGGCAUCAACAAGCCUGAGAAGAAGAUAUAUCUGUUGGGUAAAGACGGUACAAAGUGGCCAACAAGCCUUCUAAAAGACAAUAAAGGAAUAAUGAGUUUGGGAAGUGGAUGGAAAGAUUUUGUUAAAGCAAACGGAUUAGAGACAGGCUUCACGCUCAAGUUGAUGUGGGAAGGCACAACUCCUUCGUUUAGUUUGUGGUCUUCAGAAUCAGCCAGUGACGUAGAGGAAGAAGAGGAGUUUUCAAAAGAUCCGAGCAAGAUUGAGAAGAUGAGACAAGAUGAGAACAAGAAAGAAGAGAGACAGAGAGAUUCAACUCCAUCAAGCCAAAAACAGUUCGUGACGAUAACAAUCACACCUGACAAUCUCAGAAAGAAUAGACUGCGUUUUCCAAAGCAAUUCGUCAAGGAGAAUAGCAUGAACAAACCUGGAAUGAUAUAUCUCUUGCGAAAAGAUGGUACAAAGUGGAUGGUAAAUCUUGUACAGGAAAGAGACGGAAGGAUGAGUUUGGGAAGUGGCUGGAGAGUUUUUGCUGAAGCAAAUGAUCUAAAGCCAGGGGAAUCGUUUACAUUGGAAGCAUUCUUUGAAGACACGACUCCUAUGGUGAGGUUUAUCCGUACAGAGUGCAACAAUUCAGAAGCUAGCAAGAAAGAGUCGGUUUCCAAGGAAGACACAGAGACUAGAAAUAGGAAUACAGAGCAAUUUGUGACAUUAACACUAAUACCUGAUGAUGUCAGAGCCUGUAAACUGCAUCUUCCAAGUCAGUUCAUGAAGGCUAAUGGCAUUAACAGACUUGGGAAGAUAACUCUCUUGGGUGAGAACAAAAUGGAAUGGCCUGCAUAUCUGUUGUCCACCAGAGAUGGAACCGUUGCUUUAGAAUAUGGUUGGGAUGGUUUUUGUGAAGCUAAUGGUGUGAAGUUAGGAGAAGAUUUUACUUUAGAGUUCAUUUAUGAACAAGGCACAGUUACUGUACUUAGGUUCUGUUCAAAAUGA